AUGGCUGCGAUUAUCACUCCACACGAACAAGAUUACUGGUCCCACGUCGGCGUAUCCAUGCUCGACAAGGUUAUUCAUACAAGCGGUCAUCAUCGCUAUCAAAUUCUUGAGGAACUUGGCCGUGGUUCAUAUGGAUGCCUUUUCCUCGGACAGUCGCUGGUAGACAACUCCUAUGUGGCCAUCAAGGUAUUAAGCAAAACAGGCUUGGAUCACCAGCAACUUGAACUUCAACAACUCGAAAUCGACAUUCAGACCUCGCUCAAGCAUUCUCACUUGCUCACUUUACACGGCACAGCUCAUGAUAACGAUUACAUUUACAUGGUGAUGGAACUUUGCGAUCAGGGUGAUCUCUUUGAUUAUGUCCUUCGCACCAAAUUGGAUGAGCAUCAAGUCACUCGUUUAUUUGUUCAAAUCCUCGAAGCUGUGGAACACAUGCACGCUCAUAGUGUGUAUCAUCGUGAUCUAAAGUUGGAAAACAUUCUACUACGCACGGCCGACGAUGAUGAUCAAUUGGAAUGCAAGGUGGCCGACUUUGGACUUGCCACACGAGAACGGUUCAACAUGGAAUUUGGUUGUGGCUCAACAACCUAUCUUGCACCAGAACACUUUGAUGAUCAGGAGCAACAAGAGGACGGGGUCAAUACCACAGGAGAGGAUGAACAAUUACUUGUCUAUGACGCUGCCGCAUCCGAUGUAUGGAGCUUGGGCAUUCUCCUAAUCGCUCUCCUCUUUGGUCGUAACCCUUGGGAAGAAGCCACAUCCAUGGACAUGGCCUAUCAUGAAUACAAGCGAAAUCCACUCAUUCUCAAGAACCAGCUAUUCCCUGCCAUUUCAAUGCGUUGCUAUCGCUUGCUGAAAUCCGUUCUCUCGCCCAAUCCCGCUGAUCGUCCUUCUGUCACUGAACUCAAACAUCAAUUUCUCGCUCUCGAUCGCCUUACCAUCGAUACCGAUUUCGAUGAUGAAAGUGAUAGUGGCCUCAUGUCAUGCGAUGAUGAUACAAGUGAUGAUUAUUGUCGUCCUGUUGGUAUUCCCACAGCUGCUGGUGCUGCAGCUAUCAUGGCAAAGGCUGACAAGAUUAGCUGGGAUUCGGCUGUCUUUAGCGGUACCUAUCAUGCAUCAUCCGGUGAAUCGUGGUCCGACAUGGUGGAAGAAGACGAGCAAAUUUACGACGACAUGGUAUCAUCUUCAUCAUCCUCCUCUUCUUCAGGUGUAUCCUCUUUGGCUAGCAGCAUGUAUCGCGACGACGAUGACGAUGAUGAUGACACUGACAUGUUUAUUCACAGCCAAGAAAAGGGAUCUUGGUGGUUGUGA